AUGGCACAAAGAUUGGAAGCGGUAGGUAGCACGAAAGGCUUUACAUUCGAUGAUGGAUAUGACCAUGACGGUCUUUCCAAGAUUUUUGUUGGAGGUGGUCUUCGAGGCAUUAAUUACAUGGAGUUUGAAUAUGUCAAGAAUGGACUGCUAAAAUUUGGUACUCUCGUUGGUCGUCGACAUAGAGGUUUCAUUGAGACGUUUGAGAUUAACCAUCUCAACAAUGAAUACCUCGAAUCUGUAGAGGGUUACUACGACGACCAAUCUGGUUGCAUUCAAGGACUUCAAUUCAAAACCAAUUUUAGGAUUUCGGAACUGAUAGGAUAUGACAAGGGUAGCAAGUUUACACUUGAAGUUGAGGGAAAGAAUAUCAAUGGGUUUCAUGGAUAUAUGAGGAACAGAAACAUCAUUUCCCUUGGAGCAUACUUCACUUGGAAUUAUCCGAAUAGAUUGAAAGCAAAAGGUAGCAAGGGAGGCUAUAAGUGGGAUGAUGGAGCUGACCAUGACGGUAUAGCUAAAAUUUACGUACGAGGUGGUUUUGAAGGCAUUCAAUACAUCAAAUUUGAUUACAUCAAUCGUGGAAACCCCGAAGAAGGACCAAUCCACGGCUUCUCGGGUAGCGGUUUCACACAGACGUUUGAGAUCAACUAUCUUUAUAAUGAACAUCUAGUAUACGUAGAGGGUUACUAUGAUUUUGCAUCUGGUGUUAUUCAAUCACUUCGAUUUAAAACUAACUUUAGGACUACGGAGAUGUUGGGGUAUGAAAAGGGUAAGAAGUUUUUACUUGGAGAAAAAGGUAAAAGAAUCAUUGGCUUCCAUGGAUAUGCUGACAAGAAUCUCAACUCUCUUGGAGCAUAUUUCACAACGGUUCCCAUUACCAAGUCAGAAUGCCACGGUGGUAUUGGAGGCCUACCUUGGGAUGAUGGUGUUUUCGAAAGCAUAAGAACAGUGUAUGUUAACUAUAAUACCACUAACAUAAAAUGUAUCACAUUUCACUACCAAAACCAUACAGUUGUUGAGCGUCAACACGGGUGGGAAAGUAUACAAGAUGGAGGAGAAGAAGAAGAGUUUGAGCUUGACUAUCCAAAUGAACUGAUCACUUCUGUGGAGGGGACUUUCAAAAGCUUUGGAGCUGGUGAGAUUAGGGUCACGUCAUUGAUUUUCAAAUCAUCUGAAGGGAGAACCUCUCCAACAUUUGGAACUGUGUCAGGUACCAAAUUUGUGUUGGAGAACAAAGGAUGUGCUGUCGUCGGGUUCCAUGGAAGACAUAGUGAUUGCGACCUCGUUGCUAUUGGAGCAUACUAUGGUCAGAUACCUCCUCCUACUGCAGAGAAGCUACGACCACAAGGUGGUUAUCGAGGAAGUUCAUGGGACGAUGGUGUUUACGACGAUGUUAGAAAGAUAUAUGUAGGAAAAUGCGAAAAUGGUAUCGCAUUCCUCAAGUUUGUGUAUGACAAGGACACUCGGAUGGUUAUUGGAGAUGAUCAUGGAAACAAAACACCACUUGAAAUCAAAGAGUUUGAUGUAGAAUAUCCAAGUGAAUACAUUACGUCUGUGGAUGGUUGUUACGACAGAGUAAUUGGAAGUGAAGUUGAGGUUAUAACUUUGCUGAGGUUUAAGACGAACAAACGAACAUCUAUAUCGGUUGGAUUCGAAUCAAGCUCAAGCUUUAUACUAUGCAAAGUAGGCUACAAAAUUGUUGGAUUCCAUGGAAAAGCAAGUAACAUGAUUAAUCAACUUGGGGUCCAUGUUAUGCCCUUCACCGAGUGA